GCAGAUCCUGGAACUGCAGUCCACUUCGAUUCUCACCUGACCAGCCAGUAAGCCUAACACUAUCAGGAUGAUCAAAGCAGCGUUGUCCAUAUUCUUGGUUCUGGCAGCCAUGUCUUCCGCCUUUGGGAAAUACAUCCCAAAAUCUGGCAAGAGAGUCCCCCAGACCCUUUCCAGAGGUUGGGGUGAUCAGCUGAUCUGGGCUCAGACCUACGAGGAGGGUCUCUACUGGUCCCGGUCAAGAGGCAAGCCUCUGAUGGUCCUCUUCCACCUUGAGAACUGCCCACACAGCCAGGCACUGAAAAAGGUUAUCGCUGACGACUACAACAUCCAGAAAAUGCUUGAUGAGGACUUUAUCGUCCUCAAUCUGAUGUAUGAGACCACGGACAAACAUCUGUCUCCUGAUGGAGAGUAUGUUCCCAGAAUCCUGUUUGUCGACCCCUCAAUGACAGUGAGGGCCGACCUCAACGGUCCCUACUCGAACCGCCUGUACACCUAUGAGACCGGUGACCUCAAACACUUGAAGCGCAACAUGGAGACAGCUAAGAAGCUUCUGAAGACUGAGCUGUGAGCAUGAGGACGACUUGUGCCCCUGAUGACCCUGAGAGUAAAAAACAUGCUUGUCAAUACAGUUUACACAUGGGAAACCUUAGCACUGGAAAGCUCUUUCUGUCCUUAAAAUCAUUUCCUGGUU